UGCUGUUGCUCAUGUCUCUCCUUAGCGUUCGUCGGAGUCAGGAAGAGUGAUAGACUUACAGCAGGCGUAGCGAUAUAUAAUAGCUCAGUACAAGUGUCUCGAUACUACCAGUCGGGAAUGAAUUUGAUAUUCACCCGAACCUGAUGGAUCUAUUCUUCGUCUUCGCAUUUUAUCUUUGUAGAUUGAUUAUCAAGUCCAAUCGUUGCGUGAAAUCCGUCUUGGACGGCGAGGAGUGUGAUCCCUGCGUGUUCUUUCGGCACGGAUCAUGCGGGAUGUCGUUAGUUCAACCACGCUGCAAACACGGUGAGCCUGGGGUGACCUGCGAGACCUGCUACCCGCCUCGUGUCAAUCCCACCUUCGUCCGCACUACCUUGUAUGCGUAUUCGUCUCAGUUGAGAAAAUGGGAAACGAACAACAACUUUCGAACCCUGCCGAGUCGACGAGUAAACACGUUCAGAAAUUGAAGGACUCCCCUUCUGCCAGUGAUGGAACACCCAACCACAAUCCCAAUGUCAACACAUCCGCGCCGUCAGAGUCGCAACCAGUGAUAGUGCGCCAGGAUUCUGGUUCUGCCUCAGGGGAUGUCAAUCAUUCCUUGGACGUGACACCAAACCCAUCACCCCACUGUCAUCCCGAACCGCUGUCGGACACCCCUAUUUUGAAAACCCAGACCGCAGCCGUAGAGAACCGGCUCGCUAGUCCCAGUGUCGGUAAAGGCGACGAGCUCCCUGGUUAUGGCGACUAUGAUUCUCUUGUACGAUCUAAAAUAGAAACAGCCGUAGAGGUCAUUUCUGCCUUCACUGAGACUGGCAAAGCGGAGUCUUCGAUUCAAGUUCCUCUGCAAAGGAAGUACACUGGCGAGAAUGAAGACGGCCCAAGGCGGGAAGUGAUAUCCUCCGCUUUAGCAAACGUACCCUGCGCUUCCCUCGGCAUCCAAGGAAUCUUAGAUCUACUCAACGCCAUCCUUGAAACAUCACACACCCUGGACACACCAUCCGUCUCCUCCCUUCUCGAGGACUGCAUCACACAAAACUACGACUUUGGUGCCGCAUACGGCCGUCUCCGCCGCGUAUGGAAGAGCUAUGACGGCGGCACCAUGCAAGACGAACUACGCAAACAUGAAGAGGGUGACUGGAAGAUGCGACGAGAAGCACUGGCAGGAAACCGGAUCGUCGAACCAGAUCUUCCACCUCGACGUGUGUGGGACCUGUACAGCAAUCGCGUGGUGCCAUACUGGGUCACCGAGGGAUGGCCAGAACCAAUAUCCCAUGCAUGGGUGGAUGAGAAGGAUCGCGUCGACGUGUGGACUCCUAUCAAUGGGAAGAAAUGGCCGGUGCCCAUCCCGAACGAUGCAGAUCUCCGCUUGAUCAGGAUUGAGAUGCUGAAUCUGGGAUAUGAGUACACGUGGCUGGAUGUGCUCUGUUUGAGACAGGUGGGGGGGCUGAGGGAGGAUCUGCGUGUGGAGGAGUGGAAGCUGGAUGUGCCCACAAUUGGAAGAGUGUAUCGCUUUGUAAGGGUGGUGAUCUACCUGAGUGGAUUGGGGCAGCCUUUGAUUUUGAAGGAGGGUGACUUGGAGAGUGAUCGGAGUUGGUUUAGGUGUGCUUGGACAGUGCAGGAGGUUGGCUCUGAGAGGAUCAUUGCUGGGGAUACACCUGAUGGGCCAAUGCAUGCCAGGCCAAUUGAUGAGGAUGGCAACUAUGAGAUAGAGAUACUGACACAAUUUCACAGGCAGUUAAAGUCCUUCCAGAGAAGAUAUCAGUAUAUUUUUAGUGCACUGGCAGACAUGCAGAAGCGAGUGUCGACCAAUCCUGUGGACAAAGUUGCUGGACUGGCAUUCCCUCUGUGGCCCAAGACAAUACCUGCAUAUCAUGAGAGUGAGUCUCUUGAGGAAGCGUGGACAGUACUGGUGAACACAAUGCGCUCUGUUAUGCGGGUGGACUUCCUCUUUUUGUAUCCUGAAGCAGGACAAGGAUGCAAAAAAUGGAGACCAACAUGGGAGCAGGUCAUGAUGAACCCUCUGCCAGAGGAUGUAGACAGCAGCCUCGGGGAUGUUGGGCAUGAUGAUGUGAUGGAUGAGGACUGGUAUGAAGGGCCUUGCAUUCAACAGGGGCUUGUGCAGGGUUUGGACAAGGGAUCAGCAGAAGGGGGUGAUCGAUUUGGAGAAUUAGUUGUUGAAGAUGAGCAUGGAAUGGCAUGCCUAUUCAAAAUCAUUGCCACCCACCAAUACCCAAUACCCAAAGAUUCAUACACACUGCUUGGUAAUGAUGGAUGGCCUUCACAUUGGGCUAUUGGCCGACAACUACCAGAUCAGAGAUUUGAGAAAGUGUCAGUGUUUGCAAUGAUCAACUGGAAGGAAACAAAGAUGUUGAAAGGCCCAGGUAUCACUGUAAAGUCUCAUAACAUUCUUGUUUGAUGUAGAUGCAGAACUAUCUGAUCAUUUUUGAGAAAAACUAAUGCUAGCCUAUGAUAUGCACCUGCUGAACCUCUCAUCAUCAAAUUCUGGAGUGUAUGUAGUGAUCUACAGGGCCUGGCCUAAAGCCCUAGCCAAGCUGGGCCAGGCUCUGAAAAGCUGAGUCCUGGGGGCAGGCUUGGUGAAGGCUUGGGCCCAGGCUUCAUCAUCUGAAAACCUGAGGAUAAGGCUUAGUGCUGGACUUUCAAGAAAUUGU